AUGGCCCCGGCGGACACCGCGGGUCUCGAGCGUUUGGUCCGAACCGUCCGCUCCGACGCGGAGCAGCGCAAGCGCCUCGUCUGCAACGCCUGCUUCCUCGCCGCGCUCGCCCAACUCCACCCGGAGGUGGUGGCCAAACCCAAGGGUGAGCGGCGGUGGAGGCGCGAGGAGCUGGACGCGCUCGCCGCCGCGACCGCCGGGCGGAUCGACGACGCCGAUCCCGUCCACGUCAUCGUCGGUGUCGACGACCUCAACGUCAACAUCCGGUACAUGAAGGGGUCGCUGGUGUACCUUCGCGCGGAGACCAACCCGCCGCUGCGAUGCAUGAUGUACUCGUCCAUGCCUCCGCCCCCCGGGCAGGAGGAGCCGAGCGCCGACGAUAGCGCCGAUGGUCCCAAAACCCCCGGGCAGGAUGAGACCGCGGAUCUUCCCACGGGUCCCGCGAAGGUGUUGGACGAUGCCGACGCGUCUCACGCGCUCGUCCGCGCCGUCCUCGAACGCCUCAACGACGAUCCGACGAUCGACACAGCUGGCGGCGGCGUCGACGCGGACGAUCCCGAAGCCGUCGCGACGUGGCGCGCGGCGCGCGUCAGAGAAUCCCUCACCGCCGCCCACGGCGCGCACUGGCACGUCGUGCACGACGCCAAGCCGUUCGGCGCGGCGGUCGUCACAUCCGGCGAAGGGCGCAGGGUGCUGGCGCAACGGGGGCGCUACUCGUUUCUCGUCUGGCGACAUUCUUCGUCCAUCAAGUCGCCGCUCGAAGCGAUCCGUCGACGGAUACGCGCGGAUCUUCCCGCGCUGAGGCGCGGCGCGAGGACGACGUUCCUCGUCGUGUGCGCCGUCUACGCGUUGUGGUACCGGGCGAUGUGUCGCGAGGAGGAGGAGGAGGGAGGCGGGGGAGGCGCGGGGGGGGGUACGCGUCCGAAUGACGAUCGCACAGCUGUCGGGAUCAUCGCGGGCGCGGAGCCGAGGCUGACGACGUUCCUGUGCGCCGCCGGGGAGAGUGCCGCGCCGUUCGCGUUCUUCGCGCUCGCGGUGAUGUUCGCGUUGGGGGGCGGGGGCACGGCGAGCGCGAUCGGGGCGCGGUACGCGAGGGCGUUUGCGCGGCGAAAGCGAAAGUCGGCGUAG